AAAGUUAGUCCCGCGAAUAGGGGAACUUUACGUCGCAAGUGUCCGCAGGACGCCAGGUCGCACCGUUCCCCGAUACGCAAAAGUGUCACGACUUGAUGCCUACCACCUCGAUCUCCCUUUAACGCACGAAUAUCCACCCGUGUCGUCCAUUCCACUCCUUCGGGAUCGCACGUCGAUUCGCGAAACAGACAGAACGGGGAGACAUGACAAUAUCGCCCCCGGGAUCGCCCACAGGCGUUCCCUCGCGACCGAUGAGCGCCAUGUUCCGCUCACCCCGGAGCAACAGUCGUUUGAGCACGAGCAGUAAACAAGGUGGAGGAAGUCGCGCAUCCGACGAUGAUGCGAAGACGGCGGUCAAAGUGGCCGUUCGUGUCCGCCCACCCCUCAAGCCAAAUGACCCAGGUUACGAGUUGAUUCCGCAACGAUUCCAGCGUUCAAUGGUCCAUGUCACAUCGCCGACCAGUUUAGCCGUUGAUGUCCCUCAAGGUCGCAAACUAUUCGUUUUCGAUAGGGUCUUCCCGGAGACCGUUGAUCAGGAGGGCAUAUGGGAGUAUCUGAGCGACAGUGUGAGCUCGUUUGUCCAGGGCUACAAUGUCUCUAUUUUGGCCUACGGUCAGUCAGGUGCCGGCAAAUCCUACACGAUGGGAACGUCCGGUCCCAGUGAACAAAAUAACUCUAAAGCCAUGGGUGUCAUCCCGAGAGCUGCUCAGCAGCUUUUCGAGAAACUAGAUGGGACGCCCACGCACACGAGAUCUGCGUCGUCGGGGAUCAGAACUCCGUCCCGAUACUCGAUGAGCUCAACGACUAGCUUUGGUAGGAACGGUAGCGACAAAAAUUGGCAAUUGAAGGCCACCUAUGUCGAGAUCUAUAACGAACAACUGAGAGACCUACUUGUCCCCGACGCGACCGAUCGAGCUGCCGUGACCAUCCGUGAAGAUGCCAAAGGCCGCAUUAUCCUGACCGGUCUGCACCAGGUCACUAUCAAUUCGUUCGAAGACCUCAUCGGAGCUCUGAAUUUCGGGUCCUCAAUCAGACAGACAGACUCAACCGCUGUCAACGCCAAGUCAUCGCGUUCUCACGCAGUUUUCAGUCUGAAUCUCGUCCAGCGCAAAUCACCAAAUUCUACGUCUGCGAAGGAGAAGCGACUCUCCAUGCCAGUCGAAGCAAUGUCCGGCUCGGAUGCGUCGGUCACAGUCGACAGCAAACUCCACUUUGUUGAUCUCGCAGGAAGUGAAAGACUGAAGAACACAGGCGCGUCUGGCGAAAGAGCAAGGGAAGGAAUUUCGAUCAAUGCAGGUUUGGCCAGUUUAGGCAAAGUGAUCUCGCAGCUGUCGUCUCGACAGUCCGGUGCCCAUGUAUCAUACCGUGAUUCUAAGCUUACCAGACUUCUUCAGGAUUCGCUUGGUGGUAAUGCAAUCACCUACAUGAUUGCAUGCGUGACUCCAGCCGAAUUCCAUCUGAGUGAGACUUUGAACACGGUACAGUACGCACAAAGAGCCCGCGCGAUUCAAAGCAAACCUCGGAUCCAGCAAGUAACGGAUGAAAACGAUAAACAGGCCAUUAUCGACAGACUCAAGGCUGAAAUAGCAUUUUUGCGACAGCAGAUUCGGAAUUCGGAGGCGGGUGACAGGAGAAGUGUAGCUCCCGCAGAGCGGUCUGAACGCCAGAAUGAACGGGAGAUUGAACUCCAAAAUCACCUGCUGGAUGUACAGGAAAGCUACAACGCUCUCAGUCAACGCCAUGCAAAGCUGAUGGCCGAGCUUACAAAGGCCUCGGAGUUUAGCGGGGAGCCCGAAGAAAUUGCGUCGCUGAUCGGAAACAAUUCUGUGGAGAGAUUGCGACGCUCUCAUUCUUUUGCAGAAUCAGUUGAGCAGGUCGUUCUGGAAUACGAGAAGACUAUCCAGAGUCUUGAAUCAUCUCUCUCGAACACGAGAUCAUCGCUGUCUAGCACUGAGAGCAAUCUCCUGGAGCGGGAAACUAAGCUUGCCUACGUCGAGACCGUGAAUGCGCAGCUGCAGGCCCGUCUCCAGAAGAUGAUGGACCGUGAAGCGAACACAGAGACCUAUCUGCACGAUCUCGAAUCCAAAUUGGAUGGGCACACUUCUGGCGAGGAGCAGCAGUCUGCGGUUGUGGCUGAGUUACGUCGGGAGCUUGCUCGUGUCCGCGAAACCGCAGCAAGCUGCGAGGAUUACAUCUCUACUCUGGAGGAGCGCCUUGCGGAAGCCGAUCAGGAUAUGGAGUUGAUGCAAAGAGAGAUUGAGCGUUUGGAACACGUGGUUGACCGACAAAGAAGCCUAGGCAAGCUCGAUAAUCUGCUCUACGAACUCGAUCACAUUCAGCAGAAUGGUACCAAGAAAGUCGACGAUGUCCAGGGCGAACACGCGUCUGAAGUUGUUUCACGCAGAGGCUCAUACAGGUCUCGAAAGAGGGCCCCGUCUUUAGAUGUGUUGGCUGAAGCUGCUGAAACUGCGAUCCCCGAAUCUGACGAUGACCUUGCAGAACGUAUGCCUGAUGUCGAAGAAGAAGAGGAGGAGCUUCCAGCUGAUGUGACCGAAGAUUCCGGUUUAGGACUACUGGAAAGAGCAUCCAAGGAGUUGGGCCCCAACGAUGUUCCCGCGAGGCAUGAAUACGCGGCUGAGAGCCCGGCUCAGAGCCAGUUCGUUGCCGAAAAGCUGGAUACUGUAACCCAGGAGCUUCUGGAUCUUCGUAUGCAGCACGAGGCCACGAUCACUGAGUACGAUGCCCUCUCUGCAAAGUACGAAGAAGCACUCAGAGCACUCGAGAAACUGCAACAAGAUGCUGCUGACGAGUCGCGCCAUCCUACUGUUCCGGCCGCUGGUCUAGUUUCUCCCACAGCAACUUCCCGCCCGAGCUCUUUUUUAGGCGAUCCAAGGGUGCACCAGGUGAAGACUGGCGCACACCACUCAUCCUCGCAAUCACUCUCCUCGGAGUUAUCCUUGGCAGGGGAGUCUGCUGGUUCACCGGAAGCUUCUGAUUCCACAGCUCCUUCGAAGACGGAGAACGGCGAUGUGCCUGUUGCCACCGAGAACAUCGAGUUCUCCAAGCAGGAGGUUGAGAGUAUGCGCAGGUUGCUCUCGGAGCACCAGGAGGGUAUGACUCUAGUAACUCAGAAAUAUGCUCAACUUCAGGCCGAGCAUGAGGAGACUCUGGGACUUAUAGAGCAUCUAAAAGCACAAGUACAAAAAGCGAAGUCCACCCCGUCGCCUACAUCUCCCGGGCCCAAGGGUGGUGUCAUUCGGAGAAUGACGAGCCAAAAUCUAAUGUCUACUGUCGACCGUGCUCAUCGAUCCCUUGCCGCUCUCCGUAACAUCGCCGCUGAGGAAUUUGAGGAUCGACCUGACACAAUGCAGAACUUCGAACUCAAUCUUAAUGCGGCUAUGCAUGAGUUGCAUACUCGAAUGGAGCGUAUUCAGUCCCUUGAGGCCGAAAACAUGAGUGUCAAGAAGGAGAUGGAGACCAAAUCGACUAUCAUUUCCGGUUUGGCCAGGGAGCGAUCCAGUUUGCAAGGUGGCACGGCGGAUAUGACUGUUGUAUCCCAGCUGCGUGAGCAACUCGUUCAGCAGGAUAACCAGAUGAAGGAACUCCAGCAGAUGCAUGAGAAGGGAGAAAAAGACCUACUCGCCCAAAUCCAGAAUCUGAACGCGCUGCUAGAGUCCCAGGAGGCAGCGGCCAAAGCCAGUGACGUUCAUGCUGAGAAGCAGGAACAGAAGAUCUCAGAGUUGGAAAGUGAACUCUGCCAAUGGAAAGGCAAGCACCAGACGGCGAUCGAGUCGUUGCAAUCUUCCGAGACGCGCCUUAAAGAGACACUGGCGGAGCUGGAGGCCUCAUUGGCAGCUAUCGAGACCAUGCGUUCUCAAGCGGCUUCUGCAAGUGACACAUCGGCGCAAGAGAUGCAGGCGGACCUGGAGCGGGAGAGACAGAGACACCAGGAAGUCGUGGACGGCUUGAUGAAGGAGAUUGAAGAUCACAAAUCAACGAUCGCUGUCCAUCUCGAGACCAUCUCUGGACUGGAGAAAUCUCAUGCUGCUGCUCAGGAGCAAUUAGCCCAGCGCGAGCGAAGCGAGGUAACUGACGACGACGAAAUAACAAGCUACAAGACCCGCAUAUCCGAGUUGGAGCAAGAGAUUUCCACCCACAAAUCUAUAAUUGACGCUCAGAAGAAGGACCUGGAGUCCUUACAAGAAUCUCACAGCCGUGAGCUGGCGGAGCUGGAGAGCCGCGUUACAGCCGCGGUCCAAGCUAAGCACGAAUCACGACUUGCUGAACAGAACGAAGCUAUGGACGCUUUGAGAUCCGAGAUUUCGGAGUCUAAGGACGAAUUGACGAAGUUGCUGGAUAGCGUCUCCAAGGUUCUGAGCACGCCGGUUACGGCUGCAUCUCUGUCAGACCAACUGGAGGAUAUCGUUGCUCAGAAGCAGGAUUUCUCCAAUAAAUACUUGGAGCUUAUCGACGCCAAUGAAGAACUCACGAAGAGAUUGGAUAUGAAUGGCAACCUGGAUGACAAGAUAAAGGAACUUACCGAGAAAUCCUCCCAGCAAGAAUCAAAGGUGAAUGAGCUUGCGCAGCUCAUCGCCGAGCUUGAAGAAGUGAUCCAGCAGAAGGAGGAAGAAGUGAAGAAGAAAGAUGCAAUCAUCGAAGAGAUCAAUGCCGAGAAAGACAAGAGUGCCCGUCUGGUGGAGGAACUCGAAGAGCAGAUCACCAACAGCUUCGACCAACACCAGAAUCGUCUCUCUGUCAUCCAGCAAGAACGCGGUAAGGCUCUGGAAGAUGCCAACGCAAAGAUCGCCGUGCAUGAGAAGGACAUUGAAUCCUACCGUGCUCGCAUUGAGCAGCUUGAGGCCCAGCUCAAGAGAAACAGUGGCGCCCAGGAUGGUUCGCUUGACCGAAACGGCUCCAUCACAUCGAACCUACGGAAGAAUUCCUCCACUGCAUCCCUUCCAUCCCCUCCACCGGCUAUUCCACUGCCACCACUUCCCACCAUUGCUUCCGCCGCGUCGGGCAACGCGGGAAGCAUGUCUCCUCCAAGUUCCAGGCAUACCAGCAAGGAGCUUGUCAAUGCCCAGCUCGUUGAGGACCAAGAAGCUCGUAUUCGAACGAUCGAGAAGCAUCUCUACGCAGAGAAACAGCUGACUGCGACGCUGGAGGAGGCUCUCGGCGACCUCGAGGCGCAGAGCAACAAGGUCAAGGCUGACAUGGAAGCCUGGAAGAAGAAGGCCUGGCAGUACGAAGAUGAGCUCACUCAACUCCGAAAAGAAAGGAACUCCACACGUCUUUCUAUUCAAGCGGUUGAGGAAGAGCGGAACGCCAGAAGAGAAGCAGAAGCCGCUCGAGCUCAACUUGAAGAGCGGAUGAAUGCGAUCAACAAGAAAAAGAAGAAGAGUACCCUCAACUGCUUCUAAUCUUCUCCAUAUCAUGGGAAGCAGAAGAUAAAACUCAAAAGUUUCUGGGUCUCAUUCAUUCUCUUCGGCGCUCAAUUCGGAAGAUUAGCAGUGACAUCUCGUCUGCCCAUCUCUGGUUUUCCGGAAUAUCCUUUUCUCUUGUUUCUGUGCUGAUUCCCCCAAAUCACGUUUGUCACAGUUACAUUCUUGUUGCACCAUUCUCCUUUUUACUUAGCCCCCACUUUCUCACGAUGUGACUUACGACCUUCAAUCACUUUUUUUUUCCCCUUGUGUACAUGCUACAUCCAGAUACUACCCCUCCCCACAUGUUGGCUUCGCUGUAAUUCUUUUUCUUGGGUGGCUUCCCCCUUUACCCAUAUUUUCUUCUCAAGAGCAUUGAUUCCCCCUUAUCCUGGCCUCGGACACACCUUGGCUAAUUGUACCUUAAAUGA